AAGACAUCAGUCAAAGAAAAAGUUUUAAGAAAAAAUGAAGCUUUUGGUAUUUUUGUUCUCCUUUGUAGUCUUAGCUGCAAUUCCAGCAUCUGAAGGCGGACAAUGUUUCAAUGAAAUGUCUUACCAAGUGGAGUGUAAAGGAUGUUUCUGCAAUGAAAAUGGAGAAAAAGUGUGUCACACUGGCUGUGAAAAUUCUUUCUUGUAUUCCAAAGGAGACGAAUCUUUCUUAAAAACCGUCACUCAACUUAAAUGCAAUUCCGAUUUCGCAUUUACACUAAACUGCUUGCACUGUUCUUGCUCGAAAGCCGGGUCCGUUAACUGCAAAGCCAUCGAAAACUGCACUGUUGAAGAUGAAACAAAAUUAAAACUCACUGUAUUUCCCCAAGGUGGACUUAAAAUCAAAUCCGAAACAAAACCUUGGAAAGGUCUUUUCUUGUAAAAACCCAAGAUGAAUAAAUUUGGUUCAUUAAUCAACGAAAUAAAAAUGCAAUAAACGUCAUCGUUGAUAACGAAAUGCUGUCUAG